UUGGUCAAGAUGGACGUCAAAAAUUUGAUUUUCGAUUUUCCACAAAAAUAUACGCACUUUGUUGCUAAUAAUAAAGAUUUGAUCGGCCAAAUUGAGUCAUCAUGUCGAGCAAUAUCAUAUCUAUUGGCAGGUCGCUAUGAGAGCUCCCAGGUGAUAUCGGAGCUUAUAUAUUCUGCCUCCAAUCUUCUGGCUCUUGUGAAUGAUUCUAUUCUGUCAAAGGCGGCCAACCUAAUGACACAUGUGCCAUCUACACAGAAGACUUUGCUGAAUUUCCUAGCUGUUAUCGACUAUGUUGAAGUGUUCAUUGAGAUGGCAUCUAGGAGUCUUGGAGGGGAUUAUGUCAAGUGGAUCAUCAUUGUCUGCAUUCAGAUAACUAAAGCUGUGUUGAGAUUUAUUCUGCUGUAUAAAUAUAAAUCUGGAAUCCAACCAAUUCCUCCUGUGCCUCCGCUGAACCGAGACAAGGAUCUACCAAAAGAGACACCUCAGGAUCCCGAUGCCAUAAACCCGUUAGAUCUCGAUGUCAUUGGUGAUCGCACAUCGACAUUUACAUUGAAGAGGUCGAAGAAAACCAUCAGGACAUUAGAUUCAGCACCCCCCUUGAAUCAUCGGUCAUGGCAGCUACCCAUGUACGGCGGUAAACGAAAAGUUGAGGGUGAUGAGGAUGAGGAUGAGGAUUCAACCAUCUUGAGUCAGCAGCAAAUGAUCGCAGAAUCCUUGCAUAUAUCCAGACCACUCAUGCAUUUAAUUAGUUUAUAUGGAUUUGGUCUCAAUUCAUGGAAACCUUGGUGUUUAGCUGGUGGUGUUGAUUUGGCCAGUUUGUUGCUGAUGGGCGAUACAACCGAGAAGCUGAACAAGAAAGAGCGUGUUGAGAUGCGGCGGCGGAUGUUGCUAAUGCUCCUCUAUCUACUCAGGUCGCCCUUUUAUGACCGAUUUUCAAAGCAAAAGAUUAUCAUCCUGUUGCGGUUGCUGUCUGACAACAUUCCCUUGGUGGGCUUGGUAACAAACCCUGUUAUGGAGUACCUUCCAGUCUGGCAGAAAAUCUAUCAUUAUGUAUGGGCAACGUGAUCAUGUGUGAGACUGUGAGGACUAAGAAAAGGUGCAAUCAAUGUGAGAUGAUAAGGACAAUACAAAUUCACUGAUUCAGAUCACUGCACAGCCAGAUGUGAUAUAAACUUUGCCUAUGAUCUCUGAUGACAUAAUAUAGUAUUUUGGGUUAUGGUUAUCAUUUCAAUUUGUUACAAGACCAUUGUCAAUACCAUAUUGAUAACAUUGAUUAGAGAUCAGUACCAUAGUGUUGACAGUGCCAGACCUGUAAUCAGGAGGACUAUGUUUGACUCUCAAAGGAUCACCAUUAGCGGUCAGGACCAUACCCCAGUUAGGGAUAUUUAGUGUCAUCAUCAACAUGUGAUCAUUGUGAUGUCAAAAGUCAUUAACUGUGGAAUACGAGAUAUCAGGGUGAGAAGGUUAGAAAUCAUCUUUUGGUGAUCAUCUUUGGGGCGUUAUUUACUCAGUUAGCCAUGAUAGCUGCAACUAUGUUACAUCUUGGAGCAUUUCAGAUAUCUGUAUAAGCAUUUAUCUCUUUAAGAAAGUUGAUUCAGGGACUGUAUGCAAGAUUCCCUCUUAAAAACUUUGAUAUGAAAAAAGAUGUUAGUGAUUGAAAA